AUGCGCUUUUAUAAACAUCAUGAAAUAGCAGCCAAACAUGCCGGUAUCUUCAGCUCCAGUCGAGAGUGGUGCGACAGAAGAUGGAAACUCGAACUGCCUUCCGAUUACCCUGUAGAUUACAUCUUACGCGUUCUCAAGGAGCGAGUAGGUUUUCUUGAGGGACUCAAAAUGUACUACACUAGUGCCAGCUCAAUUCGUGGUAAAGAGGAUUUGAAUGCGAUCCGGAUCGAGUUUGGUGACAAGAAAUCGUUGGGCAGUUUGUCGAAUGGUCGCGGUGUGCUGAACUUCGUGAUCGCCAAGCCUGGUGUGUACGUAUUCAAAAAUGAAUAG